AUGACCGCCAAACACCCCUUCUUCCCGCGCCAUAACCAAAACCCAGCCCCGCAAACCCAAGACCCACCAUCCCCCAUCCCCACCCCCAAAACAAACCACAUCCGCCAAAAAAGCUUCAAUAUCCCCUCCCUCAUAUCCCGCUACUCCUCCUCAACAACACCACCACAAUCCCCACCACACCACCCCUCCCCAACCCCCUCCUCCAAAGGAAAAGAAGAAGAAUCCCCACCCUACACAACCCCCCACAUAGGAGAACCCUGCACCCUAUCCUCCCUAGACCACCUCCUCACCUGCACCCACAAAAUCCUCACCACAACCCCUAUCCCGGAACCCUGUGCUCGAAAUUGCCAUGUCCGCGUCCUAAGACCCGAUUAUGCGCAACCUAGGGAUUUGGAUUCUGGGUUUGUGUGUUUUGCUUGCUUGACCUCUUCUACAAAUUCGAAUCUUUCGGGCGGGGGGGAAGUGGUGGUGGUGGAUAUUGUGCGGAAACUUCGUGAGGCUUGUGAAGGGUUGAGAAUUUCUAGGCCGCUUUGGAUUGAGGGGGAACGGUUUCGGGUUGCUGUUGAGGAGGUUUUGAUGGGGGGAUUGGGGGGCGAGAAAGAAGGAGCUCCUGCUGAGGGGGUGUUGUCGGGGAAAAAAGAUGAUGUGAGAGUUGAUGAGGAGCGGAGGGGUAGUACUGCCAGGAAAUUGGAGUUUAAAAUCCCGAGGUAUAGUGGUGUUGUGGGAAGGAUGCGGAGGAUGACUUUGGGGGAGGGGUUGAAGAAGGAUUGA